GCGCUGAGGCCUGCACAGAGACAUGAGCAGCAACGCGGGCCAGCGUGCCGCCGUCUUCCUGGUCCUCUUCGGCCUCAUCAUGUUGCUGAUCAUCUACAGCUCCAGCAGCGGCAACGAGGUCUUCCGCUACGGCGCGCUGCGGGGCAGAGCCCGCCGGCCCCCCAACCUCAAGAAAUGGGGGGUCAAAAACGGGUACCUGCCCGUCUGCGGCAACAAGACCCUGACUUCCCACUGCCACCAGUGCGUCAUCGUCACCAGCUCCAGCCACCUGCUGGGCACCCACCUGGGCUCGGAGAUUGACCAAGCCGAGUGCACCAUCCGCAUGAACGAUGCCCCCACCACUGGCUACGAGGCAGACGUGGGGAACAAGACCAGCUUCCCUGCUCACUCCAGCGUCUACCGCGUGCUCAAGAGGCCGCAGGAGUUUGUCAACAAGACCCCAGAGACCAUCUUCAUCUUCUGGGGGCCGCCCGCCAAGAUGCAAAAGAGCCUGCUGAAGAUCAUCCAGCGCGUCAGCAUGUCCUUCCCCAACAUGACGGCCUACGUCGUCUCCCCGGGGCGCAUGAAGCAGUUUGAUGACUUGUUCCGGGGCGAGACGGGGAAGGACAGGGAGAAGUCGCGGUCGUGGCUCAGCACUGGCUGGUUCACCAUGGUGAUCGCGGUGGAGCUGUGCUGCAAGGUCCGUGUGCCGCCCAACUACUGCAGCAACCGCCCGCAGCCCCGGCGCAUGGCGUACCACUACUACGAGCCCAAGGGCCCCGACGAGUGCACCACGUACAUCCACAACGAGCGGAGCCGCAAGGGCAACCACCACCGCUUCAUCACGGAGAAGCGGGUCUUCGCCAGCUGGGCCGGCCUUUACAACAUCAGCUUCUCCCACCCGGCCUGGGCCUAGGGCCCGC